UAUUUUGGUCAAUUUUUCCUAAAUUUAAUAACGAAAAAACAACUACUAAAUAUAGGUAGUAUAAACCUCCAUUCCUCAUUCCACCAUACAAUCCCAUUCCCAAAACUCUCAUCACCACAAAAUACCAUCCAUCCCAUCCCAUAAAACAAGUUUGAAUUUGUCCAAUCACCCUAUGUUAAAACCCCCCCUAUAACAUCUAACCAUAACUUAUUAAUUUUAUUGUUAUAAAACAAUGUAUAGCAAUUAACCCAUACCAAAAGGAAAAAUCUAACCAACAACAACACACGACUCGUUUUCCCGUUACCAUACCCUCCAAUUAUAAUUUUUAAAAAAAUAAUCAAAAAAGUUAGAAGAAAGUGACCAUCCCUCUCAUAUAUAUACCCCUAACCCCCCCAAAAAAAGUCCAUUCCCUCCCACCCCAAAUUCUCAAAAUUUUCUCUCUCCUUAACUUCAAAAGUAGUAAUCUCAUUUUCACCACCACUUUCCAAAAACAAACACUUAAAUUAAUAUCAGUCUAAAGUAAAAUUACAAAAAUGCCCAAAUCAUCCGUAUUACUCCACCGUAUCACCACCAACACCCACCCCACCACCACCUCACCAUUCUCCCACCUCCACCCCAAACCUCUUUCCAUUCCGCCGCUAUCUCCUCCGGGUUUCGAAGUCCCGGACGACGUCGUUCGGUACCACGCUCAAUCCGUCAAUUCACACCAGUGCUCCUCCGCCGUCGUCCAAGAGAUCUCCGCCCCUGUCUCCACCGUCUGGUCCGUCGUCCGCCGCUUCGACGCUCCUCAACUCUACAAACACUUUGUUCGGAGCUGUGACGUCAUAUCCGGCAACGGUGACGUCGGCACUCUCCGCCGUGUUCGCGUCGUCUCCGGUCUCCCCGCCGCUACCUCCGAUGAGAGGCUCGAGAUCCUCGACGACCACCGCCACGUCAUCUCCUUCUCCGUUGUUGGUGGGGACCACCGCCUCUCCAACUACAGGUCGGUCACGUCGUUGCACCCGGCGGUUGGCGAUACUGGCGAGUCUACGCUUGUGGUCGAAUCAUACGUGGUCGAUACGCCCGCGGGGAACACGAAAGAGGAGACUUGCGUGUUUGUCGAUACCAUUGUUCGGUGCAAUCUUCAAUCGUUGGCUCAGAUCGCCGAAGGAAGAGGGAGAGAUGACAAGAAGAAUUCCUCCGGAUCUUAAAAAUUAAAAUUAGGAAUUUUUUUCUUUUAUUUUUCUUCUUCUUCUCACAACUUUUGAUAUGAUACCACCAUCAAAUGCGAUCUCGAGGAAUUGAAAACAAGGUCUUGAGAGAAGACCUGUCCUAACUUUUGUGUAUUAUAAUCUCGAGAAUCGAAAUGAAAAACAAAUGACAAUCGAUCGACAGCGUUUUCGACAACCAAAUGGGGUGUUGAUGAUAUAUAAAUUUUUUUGUGUUGUUGAUCGGAGUACAAAUUCAAGCUCUAAUAAUUUGCCCCUUUCAUUCCCCCUCUCUUUUAAUUUUUGAAUUUGUCAAAAACAAAGAUUGAUGAUACAUAGAACAUAGCUCUAGUUUUUGCUGUA